CAUUCUUCAACAAGAGAGGCAAUGUAGUGACACAGUUAAAGUCUUUACAGGCAGAAACUGAAUUGAUCACAAAAAUAUUUGAAGAUCCAGAAGUGAUGAGACAAAUGCAGAGUUCAAGAGAUGGAAGGCAGUUAUUUGAUUAUUUAUUCAAAGAACAUGGGUUUAAAGCAGAAAUGGUAGAUACACUGUACAACUAUGCCAAGUUUCAGUAUGAAUGUGGUAAUUACUCUGCUGCAGCUGAAUAUCUCUACUUUGUGAGAAUUCUGUUACCACCUAAUGAUAGAAAUUACCUUAAUGCAUUGUGGGGUAAGUUGGCAUCUGAGAUUCUAAUGCAGAACUGGGACACUGCUCUGGAAGAUCUGAAUAGGCUUAAAGAAGUAAUAGAAGCAAAUACAUUUGGAAGUGCUCUUUUAUCACUGCAACAGCGCACUUGGCUUAUCCACUGGAGCUUGUUUGUAUUUUUCAACCAUCCGAAAGGUCGUGACCUGAUCAUUGACAUGUUCCUGUACUCUCAGCUCUAUUUGAAUGCCAUACAGACAAUGUGCCCCCACAUACUGAGAUAUUUGACAACAGCUGUUAUAACUAACAAGACUAGACGUAGAACUGUCCUUAAAGAUCUUGUUAAAGUUAUUCAACAGGAGUCCUACACCUACAAAGAUCCUAUAACUGAGUUUGUAGAAUGUUUGUAUGUCCACUUUGAUUUUGACGGGGCUCAGAAGAAACUUAGGGAAUGUGAAUCAGUCUUGAUGAAUGAUUUCUUCUUGGUGGCAUGUUUAGAAGACUUUAUAGAGAAUGCCAGAUUGUUGAUAUUUGAGACAUUUUGUAGAAUACAUGAGUGUAUUAGCAUAAGCAUGUUGGCAAGUAAAUUAAACAUGACACCUGAGGAUGCUGAGAGAUGGAUUGUCAACUUGAUACGAAAUGCUCGCCUAGACGCCAAAAUAGACUCCAAACUGGGUCAUGUUGUCAUGGGAACGCAGGCUGUAUCACCAUACCAGCAGGUUAUAGAGAAAACUAAAAACUUGGCAUUUAGAUCCCAGGUUUUAGCCAUGAAUAUUGAGAAGAAAUUAAAUGCUAAAAAUACUGAGGUUCCACAGUGGGGGGCACAGGAGUAGUUGUUAUAGAAACCAGCUUCAAUUUGUUUGUAAAGUGGAAUAAACCCCAUCUUCUGUGGCCAUCUUAAGUGCUGAAUAUUUUUUGAAUAGUUAAAAACACAAACAACUGUUGGUAUGCAAAAACAGAGAAUUUACUGUGAAAACUGUUUUACAACAUUACAUUGUGGAAUCGAUUUUAGAACUAUUUAUUUAUUAAGGAUAUUCUUUUUUGUCCAAAAUAAACAACAUAAAAAAGUGGAAAUAAAUUUUAAAUACAAGACAA